AUGGCGCGCGCGGCUCAAACACUCGACACACGCCGCACCAUGCACGCGUACCUCGCGCUCGUCUUCGCGCUCGUGGCGCCAAUCACAGCUUCACCCCGCGAGCGUUUCGGCUUCGAGAGGGAAAUCGACGGCACCAAAUACAACCAAGUGCCGAAGCUCUUCGAUUUCGUGUUGAGCGAGGACUAUCUCAACUCGCUUAGAAGCAAGGGAAAGCUGGUGACGAAAAACCGACCGGAGGACGCGUUAGCCGCCGACAACGUUAUACUUGAGUCGAACGUCGUGAGGAUAGUUAGGCCCUCGAAGCUGAAGGGCAGCGAUGACGAUGUGGGAUUGGUGCGAAAACGGCGUGGUUACAAUUUGGAAAAUGUGAUGGUGCCCGCGCGGUACCCAUACUUACCUGUUCCGAGGUAUAACAGAUUCCGCCGCUGGGGCAGCGGCCGCAGGCCU